CUUCAGCUCCCUCGCUUCUAACCCUCCUUCCUCCAUCCAAUCCGUUCAAGAACCACCAGCUAUCCUCCAAAAAAACCAGCCAUCCUCCACAAUGAUCCCUCCAAUAACACCAUACAAUGCACCCCAAUUCACCCCCCCCGUUCCGCCACAGGAGAAAGCCCAUGCAACCCACAAAUCACAACCCCAGCAUGGGUCAACUAAAUCACGAACCCCCGAAAAACUGAAAUAUCCACCAGUCGUCAGAGCCCAGAAUCCACAGACCAGGGGAUGGGUUCGUCAGAACAAAUGACCGUCCGUUCCAGCGGAGUGGUUCGCUCGUUCGGUUGGACAGAGUCUUUGCCAGGGUGUUUGGCGAUGGUCUGUCUGAUCACAUCACAUCUCUUCUUUCAGCUGGUUCUUUCUUUCAGGGGUUACUGGGUUUUUUGGGUGGUAUGGUUGUUGUUGACUGGUUAUCUUUGUUUGUUGUAUUUGUGGUGUAUCUAUUUAUUUACUUAUCAUACCCAGACGUGUCUACAUAUCUUCUGUUGGGGAUUUCUACUCUGUCAUCAAACCUGUUCGCCUGCACCGGUGUCGCUGAGAGAUCGAAAAAGAUACUCCUUGCUUCGCGCUUGGCAUACCUCUUCUUGGAAUUGCCCUUUCUUCGACUACACUGAUUAGCUGAGGGAAUCUCUAUUCAUCUUCACCCGACUAUUCUCGCCCAUCAAAACCCUUAAUCAACAUUCCAUACCUCCUGCCAACAUCAAUCCAAACGUGCAAUCAAGGAAAAGAAAGAGGACAGAAGAUAUGCCACCAGCAGGCGCAUCGUUCACCCCAUUAAACCUACCUCCCACAUUCACCCUCCCCCCCUGUCUAGAGUACUUUACGCUCACCGCCGGACCCAACACCGACCUCUGGCGCAAGCCACCCAACGGGGAUGUGUCGACCGCACCCAUCGUGUUCACCUCGCUGCGCCGCGCCUUCGUGCUAGCCGAGGUGACCGUCAGCGCCGACUGGGAGAUGGAGUGGGACCAAGGGGGACUGGUGAUCUUUGCGGGGGCGGCCCCUCGAUCGUUCUCGUCGGAUGCGACGGGGCGGACCACCCCCCGGCUAGGCGGCGGAGGGAUGGCACGCCCCGGCAAAUGGGUCAAAGCCGGGAUGGAGUUCUGCUCGGGCACCG